CCAUUCAGCUUCAUGUACGAAGUAAAAGACGCAGCCACCGGUAACGACUACAGUCACAAGCAAGAAAGCGACGGCAAAACAGUCAAAGGCGAGUACAAAGUCUUACUGCCCGACGGACGUAACCAAGUGGUCACAUACACCGCCGACGACAUGGGUUUCAACGCGAUGGUCAAAUACGACGGUGAAGCCCAACCAGGUCCAGCAGGACCUGCACCCCAAGGACCUCCAGCACCAGGAGCUCCACCACCACCUGGAGCAAAACCAUCGGGUGGUUUUGGUGGUGGUGGCGGUGGCGGCGGCGGAGGUGGCGGAUACCCAUCAGGAGGACCUGGAGGAUUUCCACCACCUAGCAGUGGUGGUGGUGGUGGUGGAGGUGGGUACCCUAGAGGAGGUCCGGCUGGAGGAUCUGCUAUGCCACCUGGUAAUUCUUAUCUUCCUCCGAGUUCUGGCGGAUACAGAUAGUUUUUAUUGUGAUAGGUACCUACAUAAUAAGUGAACGAUAAAUGGAUGUGUGAAAAGAUGGUACAAUGAAUUCGAUAGGGAGGAAAUUUGGGAUGAAUGUGGGAUUGUUUUGGCGUGUUUUAUUUAUUUAUUUAUUUAUUUUUUACCAUCUCAUCAAUCGUGUGAUUAUGAUAACUAUAUAGUGAUGCAGUGCUACCAAUUUAAUUUUUUAUGUAUUUAUCAAGUUCAAUAAAGCAUUUAACAAUUAA